GAAAUUAAUAAGCCUACUUUAGCACAGGUAUUAACUAUGAAUGCCUAGAAAAUGACCCAACUAUACGACUGGCUUGUCCAAACCCCCGCCAACGCGGCGGAUCUCGAGAACCGGAUCAACACUCGUCCAGCCCACCUUGAGCACAACAAGCCUCUUAUCGAAGCUGGAAUUCUGGUCUGGGGGGGCCCAUCGCUGGCUCAUCAUCCCAAGUCUGCUGGAGACGACCUCGCCAUCACCGGCAGUGUCAUGUGUAUUCGUGCAGGAAGUGAGGAAGAAGUGCGUGAAAUGAUUCGGAACGAUCCCUAUGCGAAAGUCGGGUUUUGGUAUCCUGAACAGGCGAUCAUCACACCUAUGAGUGAAUUGAUUUUGAAUCUGAUUCUUGAUCCAAAUUCAUUAUUGUGUUGGGAGAGGUUGCCUUUUCUUGUUGCAUGA